AUGACUAUCACCAACGAAGUCAACCCAACUGCUAACCUUUCCAUAACUAAUGAAAAUCCAGAAAGCUCGACAGAGAGGAUUAAUCUGAACGAUGAAGAAGAGAUCGCUUUGCUAAAGCUACAACUUGACGAACUAAGAGGAGAGCUGCGCCAAGUUCGGGACCUGACCCAUCUCACUGUGACUGCUUUCCCAAACCCACCUCACUUUCCGUCUUUGGAUUCGCCGGUUCCAGAACACUUCCCUCCAUCUACAUGUCCACCUCCAAUACCCCUUUCUUUUUCUAACCUACCUCCGGUCACUCCCGCGAAUGUACCAAAUAUGCAUAAACAAACCCCUUACGUCCCUGACUACACCCAUACUUCACAAAACCCAACAUCAACCCAAACUAUUACUGCACCUACUUACCCCACCGUGCAGCACAUACCAGGGGCACACAUUGACAUUUCCCGCGAGCAAUAUGUGCCACAGAUAUAUGCAGCUGGGGCUCCAACCUUUACAGCUCCUGUCACAGUCAGGGUCCCGUUCGAGGUGGAUCAAUAUGCAGAAAUGGAGAGAGAUUCCAAGAUAGGAGAAGAUGAAUCAAUCAUUAACCAGCUGCACAGUAUAAGGAAAGAAAUGAGGAACAUGCGAGUCACUCGGGGAAGUGAGAGUUUGGAUUAUGAUGAUCUAUGCAUACACCCGGAUAUUGGCAUGCCAGUAGGGUACAAACCUCCUAAGUUCGAUAUUUUUGAUGGGACAGGUGAUCCUCAUACACAUUUGAGGGCCUACUGCGACAAAUUAGUAGGAGUAGGAAUGAACGAGAAAUUGAGGAUGAAAUUGUUUAUUAGAAGUUUGUCAGGAGAGGCGCUCACUUGGUAUACUAGCCAAGAUCCUCGUAAAUGGAGCGACUGGCAAGAUAUGGCUGGGGAUUUUAUGAAUCGCUUCGGAUUUAACACUGAGAUCACACCAGACAGGUUUUCUCUGAGCAACAUACAAAAGAAGGCAACUGAAUCAUUCCAGGAUUACGCAAGACGUUGGAGAAUGGAGGUUGCCCGAGUUAUGCCCCCAUUGGACGAAAGCGAGCUCAGCAAGUAUUUCAUUCGAGCUCAGGAGGGCAUCUAUUUUGAAAAGAUGAUGGGCUCGAUGGGCCAAAAAUUUGCCGAUUUGGUCAAGAUGGGAGACAUUUUGGAAGAAGGAAUCAAGUCCGGAAAGAUUCAAUCAAUGGCUGCGUUGCAAGCUGCAAGCAAAGACAUACAGUCAGGUUCCGUCAAUGGGAUUAAGAAAAAGAAGGAGGACAUAUCCAAUAUCACACCUUACUACCGGCAAGGAGAGUCAUCUCGCUGA